AGAUUGUCUCUUCGUACACAAUAUUGCGUGGAGUCCAAUCUAAAUGCAUGUGUGAAAUGCUGGCCUUCUAAUCAUCAUUGUCGCUGAGAAGCACAGAGAGAGAACAGUGUUAAAGGGGGCUCCACAAUGAAGGAGAGCCAUGAGCUUGUUUUCUUCGUCAAUGGUCACAAGAUUGUGGAGAAAAAUGUGGAUCCCGAAUUGAACCUUCUAACUUACCUGAGGAGAAAAUUGGGUCUAACUGGAACCAAGCUAGGCUGUGGGGAAGGAGGAUGUGGCUCCUGUACGGUGAUGGUCUCCAAGUAUAACCAUCUUGAAAAGAAGAUCAUACACAUUGCUGUCAAUGCCUGCCUUGCGCCGCUCUGUUCCCUGCACCGUACCGCCGUAACCACUGUCGAAGGGAUUGGCAGUAGCACCACACGGCUUCACCCGGUCCAGGAACGGAUAGCCAAAUCCCAUGGCUCCCAGUGUGGAUUCUGCACCCCCGGGAUCGUCAUGUCUGUGUACACUUUAUUACGGAACAAUCCAGAUCCCACAAUGGCAGAAAUCGAAGACACCCUCCAAGGAAACCUGUGUCGAUGUACAGGGUACAGAGCCAUCCUCGAGGGCUUCAGCACCUUUGCUAAACCAUCGAGCUGCUGUGGUCAGAGUGGGAAACAAAAUGGCUGCUGUAAGGGGCAGUUUGCAGCUAAUCAUCUCGGGCCAUCAAACUGCUGCGGUCAGAAUGGGACAGAAAAUGGCUGCUGCAAUGGACAGUUUGGAGCUAAUCCACCUGGGAUGUCACCCAGGCUUUUUGAACCAUCAGAGUUUAAACCUCUGGAUCCCACUCAGGAGCCGAUUUUCCCGCCAGAGUUCCUGUUACCUCAGAAAUCACCUCAGCACACACUGAUCUUUAAAGGGGAGCGUGUCACCUGGAUACAACCGACAACCCUGAAGGAACUGUUGGUCUUAAAGGGCAGGCACCCGGAUGCCAGGCUUGUGGUUGGCAACACCGAAGUAGGCAUCGAAAUGAGAAUGAAGAACACGUUGUACCCAAUAAUCUUGGCUCCAGCUCAUAUUCCUGAGAUGAAUUUUAGCUGCCACAAUGAUACCGGGAUAUUGUUCGGGGCAGCCUGUACCCUGUCCUACAUUGGCAGUGUAUUGAAGCAGGCUGUAGACCAGCUUCCCAGUUACAAGACUGAAGUUUUCAAGGCCAUAUUGGAACAACUGCGUUGGUUUGCAGGGCAACAAGUCCGGAAUGUCGCUUGCUUAUCACUCGAAAGUGGUGUGUGCUAUAUACAAAUCUGGGACUGGGCCAGAGUUUGUGUCAAUAAGCCCACUGAAACUCACCAUCCAUACGCCAGGGGGCCAGAGUGCAAAUUAUCAAUGAGAAGGCCGAGGGGGGAAAUUGACUUUGCAAAUCGAGUUCAAAAGAAAACACCAUUGCAUUUCCGGUCGCCUACUUCCCAUUAUUGGAAUCACAACUACCUUCUAUCCAAACUCCUGCAGGAAGUGCCUCCUGGCGAGUGUCCCACAGAUGUAGUUGGACAGCCUCUGGCCCAUCUAUCGAGCAUCCAGCAGGCCACAGGAGAGGCAAUUUACUGCGAUGACCUUCCCCGCUUCGAGAACGAGCUCUACUUGGCUCUGGUGACCAGUACUGAAGCCCACGCCAAGAUAAGCUCAAUUGACGCAAGCGAAGCCCUGAAGGUUGCUGGAGUCAUGUGCUUCCUCACAGCUAAGGACGUCCCUGGGAGCAACCAAACGGGGCACAUCUUCAUGGAUGAAACAGUGUUCGCUGAUGGAGUGGUCACUUGUGUUGGACAUGUCAUUGGGGCAAUUGUUGCUGACACAGAAGCUCAUGCCCAAACAGCUGCAAAAGCGGUAAAGAUUACAUAUGAGAAGCUUAAACCUAUUAUCACCAUUCAGGAGGCGAUCACCCACAAAUCAUUUCACAUGCCUGAGAAGAAAAUUGAGAAUGGAAACGUCGAUCUGGGAUUUGCACAGUCGGAUGACAUAAUUGAGGGGGAAAUGUACAUUGGAGGCCAGGAGCACUUUUACCUGGAGACGCAGUGCACUGUGGCCAUACCCAGGGGCGAAGACGGUGAAAUGGAAAUCUUUGUAUCAACGCAGAACCCUUCACAAAUGCAGACCCUCGUUGCUCUCGCGUUGGGUGUCCCCGCCAACAGGAUUGUUUGUCGUGUGAAGAGGAUCGGAGGGGGCUUCGGGGGCAAGGAAACACGCAGCUCGCUGCUGUCUACAGUCGUCGCAGUCGCUGCUUGCAAGACAAAGCGACCUGUUCGAUGUUCACUGAAUCGUGAUGAGGAUAUGUUGGUGACUGGUGGAAGAAAUCCUUUUCUGGGCCGCUACAAGGUCGGGUUUCAGAAGAAUGGGAAGAUCGUGGCUUUGGAUCUCAAGCUCUACUGUAAUGCUGGAAAUAGCCUGGACAUUUCAUCUGCUAUACUUGAACUAGGAGUACUCAAGGCUGAAACUGCUGUGGAUGCUGAGGGAAUUAGGGAUAAAGACGAUAGGCGAGCACCAGCCCUCUCAUUGCAGAUCGCCGUGGUUCCAGCCUGGUACAACACCGAGCCCCGAAGCCACUUCCACGCUCCAGAUUCCGAACAAGACACGGCAGCAUUGCAAUGGCUGCCCCGGGCCAAAGACCCCUGCUUUGGGCCCACAGCUCCUACCAUCAACGCUACCUCCACGACCAAGUUCUCCCCAGAAGUGCUGGAGACGCGAGGGAAGGAGGAACAGAUAGUGACAAUUCCCAAAGGAAAUGACAAAGCCGUUGCUAAUGGUGGCUCGGUGGUCCAGAGGCUGAACCUGUACCAGGAGGGAGACACCACCUACACCAAUCAAAAGCUGGAAGCAGUCAACAUCACAAAAUGUUGGGAUGAAUGUUUGGAGAAUUCGUCUUUCCACAACAGGAGAAAAGCAGUGGAUGAUUUUAACAGGCAACAUCGCUGGAAGAAGAGAGGGCUGGCCAUUAUUCCAACCAAGUUCGGGAUAAGCUUCAAUGCCACAUUCUUAAAUCAGGCAGGAGCUUUGGUCCAUAUUUACACUGAUGGCUCAGUCCUUCUGACUCAUGGUGGAGUUGAGAUGGGACAAGGCCUCCACACCAAGAUGGUUCAGGUAUGAAUAGAACUCAGACUCCCCACUAUGCCAGUUUCUGCAGCUUAUAUGGGCAGGGUGAGCCUGUCAGCAGCUGGAUUCUACAGGACUCCGGAUCUGAACUAUGACUGGGAUAAGAACGAAGGAAGGGCUUACAAUUAUUAUAGUUAUGGUGUGGCUUGUUCGGAGGUUGAAAUUGACUGUCUCACUGGAGACCACAAGAACCUGCGCACUGACAUUGUCAUGGACGUGGGGAGGAGCCUCAAUCCAGCUGUGGACAUUGGUCAGGUGGAAGGAGGUUUCAUGCAGGGUCUUGGGUAUUUUACCCUGGAGGAACUGCGCUACUCUCCAGGGGGUGUCCUGUACACCCGGGGACCAGGAACAUACAAGAUCCCAUCAGCUGGCGAUAUCCCAACGCAGCUCAAUGUAUCCCUCCUACGGGAAUCUCCGAAUAGAAAAGCCAUCUAUUCUUCCAAGCAAGAAAUCCAGCCUGGAAAUGGAUCGGUUAUUACAAUCAGGAAAGCACAGCUUGAAAAGGUCCUGGAAAUGAUUAUAACUUUAAAUGGGGGAACUGAAUCCUUACUUCAAAAUGGAGAUGUGGGUCUGUGGGACAAAGGCAAAGGGACGGCAACUUCUUGGACCUUUCAAAGAGCCAGCACAGGCCCUGAACGAGGAAGAGUGAGCGUGCCUGUGACCUUUGACUCCUUCCUGCACAAUCAGCAGAUGAGGAAGAAGCUUCUGAGGGCGUAUUGCCACCAGAGGUCAAAGUUUAACAGGCUCCUUCGGCCCAGCCACUUUUCCAGGCUGAGGGUGAGUGAGCGUCUCCGGUUGGUGUACUGCAGCGUGCCUGACGUAGGCCCAGCCGACUGGGAGCCGAUGUUGAAGGCCCUGAGUGAGCUGCCAGAGCCAGUGGAGAAUGUGGUGAACGAGAGUGCGCCAUUGCCCGCUCCCGAUCAAAACCUGGGCCAUUACGACAUGGGCACCGUCGGUGCUAUCCUGGCAUCGUAUACCAAAAUUCUCUUCAUCAGACACCCUCUCCAACGCCUCCUGUCUGCUUAUCGCCAUCAGCGCCAAGGGGCUGAAACCUUUGAAGGUUUUGUCCACCAUGCCUUGGGUCAGACGUCAUUACCAGCUGCCCACUGGGAGCCCCUCGUUAAGCUGUGCCAACCGUGUCUCAUCCGGUACGACUACAUUGUGGCGCACGAGCUCCUCAACCAGGAGGUGAGGCACCUUUUGCGUCGGAUGGGCGUCCUGGCAGGAGGGGAGAUACCCAAGCUCCAGGAGCCGGAGAAGAGGCUGAUAUCCCAGGGGUAUACCCGCCAGCUGCCAGCUCAUUGCGCGGCCAAGUUAUUUCGCUUUUACCGUGGCGAUUUCGCUGCCUUCAAUUUCACCAAACCUUUGGCCUUGAGCUAA